GCUACCACCACCACCACCACCAUUACUACUUCCACUGCCGCUAUUGACACCGCGACGGCGACGACGACGACGACAACGAGCGUGGAAAAGAUGGCGGCGCUCAUCAGGCAUGGCUCGUUCGCCAGCGCGUUUAAGAGUACAUCGGCUAUCCUCGCCACCAGCACGGUGACCGCGCGUCGCGGUGUCGCCCGGCAGCACAGGAGCGAUGAGAGGAACAAGGUGACGGUGAAGACGCGGAUCGACUCUGCCGGGGAAUCGCUCGCCGCCCGCGGAUUUCUGAGGCCGCAGAAGUCUUACGAACCCCCGGAGGACACGACCGAGAGGAUCGACAGGCUCUGCGAAAGUCAGGCCGUCCCCGCGAACGACGACGCGAAGCUCGAGGAUCUCGCUCUUCGCUUUAAGCUGUUCAUCGCCUGCGAGAAGGAAUUCAAAUAUUCCAUCCCGAACUCGCUGCUUCACGCCAUCGAGAGUAUCGGGGACCUGAAGCGGUUCUACUCGACCCCGGUGGACAGUAGGACGCCGUACGAAGCGCUGGGUAAAAUAGAUUUGCCCAAGAAUUUGCACAUCCAACAGGAUUAUCAUCGAUUCCAUCCGGAUACCGACACGCUGUUCAACGGCAAGACGGCGUUCCCGAAGAGCUCCACCCUCGUCACCGGUCUGAAAUACAAGAAGAAGUACCCCGGUCAUAUGCAGGAGAAUCCAUGGCUGGAUGAGAUGAUGAAGAUCUAAGUGACUAUUGUUUUAAAAAAAAAUUUAUAUCGUAAGAUAAUAAAUUUGUUAAAUAAUCACCAAAUAAUCACCUGCGA